UGAGCAAGAUGUUCAUCGCCAUGUCCUUUGUGCUGAUGUUCUCGGCAGCUGCGCCCGCAGCAUCAGCCGCGGUCUCUGGAGCCGCCGGAGGGAUCUUGCAGAUCCCCUCUGGUGACUCUUCGGCUCACUGUAUCCCAAGGUGUGGGGAUGUCUGACAUCCCCUAUCCCUUCGGUAUAGGGCCCGACUGCUUCCGUCAAGGCUUCGAUCUCACCUGCAACCACUCCACCAAGCAUCCCAGGCUCUUUUUAGGCAGCAGCACUAUCCAGGUCACUGACAUUGAUGCAUACUCCGGCGUAGUAUCGACCCCUAUAAUCUACAACCUUACAACAAUGUCAGGUACAAAUACGUACGACAUCAUGUGGAAGGCCCCUGCUAAAGGAGAAGGACCACGCCCAGGAGAUGGCAGCGGAUCAAACUAUUGCACCGAGGCUGGGGCUGGGACUGGUGAUGGAUCUGCAGUGGUGCUGGAUCAGAAGUUGUUCGGUGGCUGGAUGAUCAGCAUCGCCUGGACGAUGAGGAGAAGCAGUAGCGCCUGUGAACAGCGUGGGCGGAGGAGAAGCAGGGACUGGAGCACCUGGGAGGUGGAGUAGCGGAGGAUUUGAAAUCAAGGCGGAGGAAGACGACGAUGGGGAUUUGAAUUUUGAAAAGAGGGGUAGUGAUGUCAUUUCCUGCGUUUUCAUCAGGUCGCGAGGUUUUUCCCAACGACAUGAACUCACUGCCAGUACUUCCUCUCAGCCGCAAUGGCACACUAAUAUUGUUGCAGGGUACAACGAAACAGAAU